UAUUAAAUUUUUGCACACUUCCUUCUAAGUGUAAUUGUUCGGUGUUCGCGAUUAAUAAAGCGAUCACUUAAUUACGAUUACAUAUUUAGAUGGUGCUUAUAUUCCUAAAAUGGACGGGUUGAAUUUAUCGGAUGCCAAUAAGAAGAAGUUGGAACGUAUGAAUAACAAGCUUGCGAAAUACAAAGCCUUCUUGGACCUCACGAAGUCCCGCGGCGACGACAGGCAUCAGAGGCAUGGUGAUCUAUCACCGCACUUGGAGACCCGAGCCGAAAGCUCUCCUGAUUCAGGCAUCGAUGUCGCCGCACCGAAGCCAACACACCGCGUUAUGCCCGCCGAGGAACUCGAACAUCUUCGAGCUCGUCUGCGGGCGCAACAAAAAGACAAACUGUCUCGGCCGCUCUUAUUUCAGACCCAUGUUCCGCCGUUAAUACAGUGCGCCGAUGUGCGGCAGUUGUUGAUGUACGCACUGGAAGGCGGCAAUGCGCACGGUCUGAAACCGUCCUGGUGCACGCUGGUCCGAUGGCAAAAGAUUUCCCAGAUUAUCGUCGUCUCCGUGGAAAAUAUGACCAUGGAACAGUUCAACGCCUUUUCGGAAUCUGAUCCCGCUUUACGCUUAUUUUUGGAUAUUCGGGGGCCGCUAGUCGCCCAGGAAUCCGGCCAUUUGGCCCAGAAUCUUCUGGAGUAUCCUUUGAGUCAGAGAAGCCUGGAAACGAUUCCGCAUGCCAAGAAGCGACAAAUGGUGUCCAACGGGGCUUUGAAUGUGACAUACGACAACAGUAUUGUAACUGUUACGCGCACUAUUGGCGGCGUCUUGGGCUUUUUAAGCCCAAUUUCCCGAUUGCACCUCUUGAUGAGUGUCGAACGAAUGGCGAUGGAACGGUAUCCAGUGCACAGUUUCAGUCGGGAGAUGGAUAUCGGGCAUUUUGUGCCGACAAAAGAUACCUAUCAUCCUGUUUCAGAAGGUAGUCCGAUGUUUGCUGUUGACUGUGAGAUGUGUAUGACUAGUGCGCAGAAAUCAGAGUUGACGAGAAUUUCCAUCGUCAAUGAACGUCUGCAGAUUAUCUACGAUACUUACGUCAAACCGUACAAUCCCAUUACGAAUUAUCUAACGAGGUACAGUGGUAUAACCAAGGCCAUUUUGGAUCCGGUGAAAACUAGACUGCCUCAAGUCCAGGAUGCUAUCCGCAAAAUUCUCCCUUCUGAUGCGAUUCUGUGUGGUCAGUCGUUGAACGGUGAUCUUUCCGCUUUGGAGAUGACUCAUCCAUAUGUGAUCGAUACGAGCGUAAUUUACAAUCUGAAAGGGAAUCCGCGGGCCAAGACUUCACUAAAAAAUCUUUCCCAAAUUUUUUUGUCGAAAAGCAUUCAAGAGUCAGAGAAGAAAGGCCACGAUUCGGUGGAAGACAGCCGCACUACUAUGGAAUUGGUGCUGCUCAAACUGAAGCAUGGCCAUACAUUUGGCGAUGUGACGCGGGGUUGGAACUUUUCGCAGCUGGAGCAAAUAUCGCAGACGGAAACGGUGGAAGAUGAGAAAGCGCAUCCAGAGACCAGUGCAGAAUUCAUUCCCAUGAUUCCACCGCCCGAAGAAAUCCCCCUUCAGUUUCCUCAAAAAAGAAAAAACGAAGACACUUCUCCUGUUAUUCCGCGGGAUGUUAGCUUGUCGGCUUCUCUGUACACACAGAGUUUACUGGAAUGCUGCAGGCGAGCGGAAAAGCGGCCAUAUAUCGCUGGAUGCAGUAGUUACGUCGAAGAGUUACAAGCUGUUAAGCCGGAAGUGCACCACUUCGCUGAUUCUAAAGGUGUUUUGGGAACCACCCUGGAAAACGCGACAAAUUUCGAUCUGAUAUUUUGUGACGUAAGGGCAAAAACAAGCGACGAUGUACGCAAGCAGGAAAAAAAUAACGCGAUUUUAAUGCGAAGGAUAUCGCGUUUAUUUGCGACGGCCCCUGAUCGUUCCCUUUGCGUUUUGGUACUGGGUGGAAAUUGCUCACAAGGAAAAGAGUUUUCUGGUCUGUGUUGUGCCGGAAUCAAAGCGCCCAACUGUUCGUUGAUGGACCAAAGCAUGUCCGAGCCGGCUCCGGAUCCAGAUUAGGGUUAAAGCAGUGCACAGUGUUGAGAAAAUGGGCACCCUGUGACUGUUCAUCAUUCGUUUCGUAUUCUAAUUUCUAAGCAGUUUAUGCAUUCGGAGAUUCGGAGCCACGGUUAUCCGUGUAUUCUAGUGAGCAUUUGCUACGUAAUAGUUUUACAGUCCGAAUUUAAUUUUAAAAUGGAUACCGCAAAACUAUAAAACGAAAAAGAUAUUAAAGUUCACCGUUAAGCUGACUAAUAAAAUCUGUGCACAAAUAAUCGUUUCAUUUACUUCAGUAACACCCAAGUUAAAAUCCUUAAAAAACAGAUGAGCAAAAAAAUUAUUGCUGCUAAGGCAUGAUGGGUCACAGAAUUAUCAAAACCGGACAUAAAUAAAUGAACAUCAAAGCGAGAGACAUCGCAGUACCAAUGUACCAUCACCC